CGGCCGUCCGCGCGGAUCCUCCCGCCCUCCGAUACGUCAGUGAAGAUUCCAGAGGCUUCUGGAAGGAGCGAGGCGGGCGGCGAGGUAUAAAAGGCGCUGUCUGCGGCUCAGUGCUCAGUGCGCUUUGCGGUGUAUUCACGGUGUGACGCCUGGAGCCGAUUAAAGCGGACUUGCAUAAAGGUAUACACUCACCGCUGCCAUUCAUUGGCUUCCCGUCAUGGUAACCUGUAACCUCGCCAUCCUCUAUAAAUGCCGAGAUUGCAGAGACAUCCCUCCUCCUCCAGGGUAGGGUCCCCCGAGGGGUGGCUGUCAGUCUGGGCAUCCUGAGAGAAUGUCUAUGGGACGCGCUGUCCUUCAGCACCAUAGAGAGGCGGUCAGUGACGGCUAGAGUGUCGCAGCCUCAGAGACCUGGGUCUCUGGCAGCUCUGUCUUGUUGGUUCCCUGGUCUGCAUGGGGAGAUAAAUGUACUGGUACUUUAACACUAUUUAUUUUUAUGAUAUGAUCUCUUAAUGGGGGUCAAGGUUUAACACUUUGUAUGGUAGGGUCUCCUAAAGGGGGUCAUGGUCUAACACUUUGUAUGGUAGGAUCUCCUACUGGGGGUCAUGGUCUAACACUUUGUAUUGUAGGAUCUCCUAAAGGGGGUCAUGGUCUAACACUUUGUAUUGUAGGAUCUCCUAAAGGGGGUCAUGGUCUAACACUUUGUAUUGUAGGAUCUCCUAAAGGGGGUCAUGGUCUAACACUUUGUAUGGUAGGAUCUCCUAAAGGGGGUCAUGGUCUAACACUUUGUAUUGUAGGAUCUCCUAAAGGGGGUCAUGGUCUAACACUUUGUAUUGUAGGAUCUCCUAAAGGGGGUCAUGGUCUAACACUUUGUAUUGUAGGAUCUCCUAAAGGGGGUCAUGGUCUAACACUUUGUAUGGUAGGAUCUCCUAAAGGGGGUCAUGGUUUAACACUUUGUAUUGUAGGAUCUCCUAAUGGGGGUCAUGGUCUAACACUUUGUAUGGUAGGAUCUCCUAAUGGGGGUCAUGGUCUAACACUUUGUAUGGUAGGAUCUCCUAAUAGGGGUCAUGGUCUAACACUUUGUAUUGUAGGAUCUCCUAAUGGGGGUCAUGGUUUAACACAAUGUUAUAGGAUCACUGUUAAUGGUAGUCAUCCUUUAGCACUUUGUAUGUCAGGGUAUCCUGGUGCUGGUUAUCUUUUAACACUUGUAUUGUAGGGUCUUCUAACAGUGUUCAUUUUUUUUUACCAGACCUGAGAAAUGGCUUGGCUAUGGUACCCUGGGUUAUGACUAGUAUAGCCGAAGAGAUGUGCUAUUAAGACUCUUCUUGUUGAUUUGCACAGUAUUAAAGGUUGGAGUCCAUCAAGAAUGGUCUGAAUUAAGGGGUUACUGCCUUUUUCUUUAAUGUAGCCCCUUGAUGCUCUCUUGUUCAUGCUCUUACUGUAAUCUGUCUAAAUAAUUGGUUUUGUUUUGUGCCUUGUUAAUGCAGGUGGUAAUUCUGUGCCCAUUUACAUACAGGCAUGAGUUGAAAUGGUCUGCAUCUUCCUACUUUGUGUAUUUAUGCACUGUGAAUAGUGUUUAACUCUUUGUAACCUUGUCAUUGGUUAAUGUCCCUGUAACUACAGCUUCUCAUAGCAGCUGCAUCUUAUUAAGAUCUGCAUUACCAUGGCAGAUUGAGCUAAAGCUUUGCUUUAGGAAUAUGGCAGUUUUUAAUUCAAGCUUGGUCUCUUGGUAUAAACAUUUUGUAACUUCAAUUUUUUUAUAGAGAUUUGUGGUGUAACCUAUGCAAUUAUAUUAACUCUAGCAUUGACUGUUUUAUUGCCUUUAUGGUCAAUGGACAUGAUUUUCUGAGUAGUUGUGAUAGGCCUAUUUGGCUCAUACAAAACUGAAAGAAUUUUGUUGCGUAAAUUCACCUUAAGCUACAUGGUGGGGGUGAAUGCUUGGCUACUUCAUAGUAGCUUCUAGAAAAAGGUAGUUCAAAUGUCUUACCAGCAGGAGGCACUAUGGCAUAAAUCUAUCUGCUCUACAACACUCCAUCUAGAAUUAGAAGUUCUAGUGAUGCAGUGCAAUUAAUAAUGUGCUAUUGCUUAUUGAUCUAUUUUGGCACUUGGAUUUCUGCACUCUGUCUUGGAAGAACCCUAUUACUUGUGCUUUUUAGCAAAUAUAACUUUAUAUAGUUUGUUUCUAUUGGCUAACAAUUAAAGUGUCCUAAAAACCUGUCAAAUCACUGUACUGUAGCAUGCAAUAUUCCUGCUAACUAGAAUGUUCUCUAAUAUUCUCUUGCAUAUUCUAGAUGCCAGAAGAAGUGAAAACUUCUACCCAGGACCUACAAAUGGAGGACGAUGAAGUGGAGACGUUUGCUUUCCAGGCUGAAAUUGCUCAGCUGAUGUCCUUGAUUAUAAACACAUUCUAUUCCAAUAAAGAGAUCUUCCUUCGAGAAAUCAUUUCUAACUCUUCUGAUGUAUGUACAUAAUGUACUUGUAACCAUAUGGUUAAGCUUUUUUCUGUCAAAUUUUGACCUUACAGUUAACAUGUUGACUUCAUUUUAGGCUCUGGAUAAAAUCCGCUAUGAGAGUCUGACCGACCCAAGCAAACUGGAUUCUGGAAAGGAGCUGAAAAUUAGCCUGAUUCCAAACAAACAGGAUCGCAGCCUCACGAUUAUUGACACUGGCAUUGGGAUGACCAAAGCAGAUCUUAUUAACAACCUGGGUACUAUUGCCAAGUCUGGAACCAAAGCUUUCAUGGAAGCUCUGCAAGCAGGGGCUGAUAUUUCAAUGAUUGGCCAGUUUGGUGUUGGUUUCUACUCAGCCUACCUUGUUGCAGAGAAAGUUACGGUGAUCACCAAGCACAAUGAUGAUGAGCAGUACGCCUGGGAGUCUUCAGCUGGUGGAUCAUUCACUGUAAAAGUAGACGACAGUAAGACCUUAUAUUCUUACACUUCUACAUUAUAGCUAUGAUUGGACAAAGGGAAGGAUUACCUCAAAUGGAUACUCUAGGCAAUAGAACUACAGCUUAAUGCAGUGGUUCUGGUUCAAAGAAUGCCCCUCCAAUCUGUCAUCUGUGAACAAUACCUCUUUCAGAAAACGCAGUGUUUACAUUUAUAUAUGUGAACCUCUAGUGGUUGUCUUGGUUCAGCAUUAAGAUGCUGAAUGCCUGUUAGUCCACAUGAGAACCCUUGUAUCUCAGCCAACGGACAAGUGAAGGGUUAAUCAGAUGAGUUGAUGUCAACAUCUAGACUGCAAAUGCAUGAAUGGCUGCUGUGAAAACCUAUCACUUUUGUGGAUACUCUAAGAAUCAAAACCACUACAACUUGAAGUGUCCUUGGUGCCUAAAUACUGUCAUUACACGUCAAACAUAAACACUAUCUUGUAGAAACGUAUCACUCUAGGCACUUUUGAGUGAAAACUGUUAGUCUUAUGACACUUCAGUUAUCGGUCCCCUUAGAGAAGCAUUUUAAUACUGCUUUAAGAAUCUUAUUGGCAUGGUGCAGCAUUUGGACUGAAAAUAGUAAAGAUGUUAUCUGAGUAAGAAGCUGCAGCAAGACUAAGACAUCUUAUGAUCUUUCUACAAGGGGCCCUGAAACAAAAAUGCUUCAGGAAAACUUAAAGGGACACUAUAGCUACCAAAACAAAUGUACCUUAAUGACUCUGCAUUUAAAAAAAAUAUAUAUAAUAUAUAUAUAUAUAUAUAUAUAUAUAUAUAUAUAUAUAUAUAUAUAUAUAUAUAUAUAUAAUUUUUUUUUUUUUUUUAAUAGGGGCUGUUAGUCACUCACAACAGAGGUGUGACUAGGAUUGCAUAAACAAAGUGAUUUAACUCCUAAAUGGCAGAGAAUUGAGCAGUGAGACUGCAGGGGCAUGACCCUAUACAACAAACGGCUUCAUUAAGCUAACUUUGUUUUGGUGCUUACAGUGUUUCUUAAUCUUAACAUUAGAAGGCUAAUGCAAGGUAUUCUCUCCUGCUGCUUUUUGUCAUUAUCAAGUAAUUUAUAUGGAGUAUAACAUGAGGUGGAGGCCCUGCUCAAGAGCUUACAUUAUACAAUUUCUAGGUUGUAUUGAAGCUCUACUGCUUUUAGUUCUCAUAAAGUAAACUGUCCUGAAUCUGGACUCUUUAACAGGUGAGCCACUGGGUCGUGGUACAAAGGUCAUCUUGCAUUUGAAGGAAGAUCAGUCUGAAUAUUUGGAAGAAAAAAGGAUCAAGGAAAUUGUGAAGAAGCAUUCCCAGUUCAUUGGCUACCCUAUUACACUCUUUGUAAGUUAACUUGUAUACCUCUAAGCCCCUAUAAAAACACGGUUUGCUACAACCUAAAGCUCUAACCUUGUGUAUCCUCUUUAAGGUGGAAAAGGAACGUGAUAAAGAAGUCAGUGAUGAUGAAGCUGAAGAAGAGAAGGAGGAAAAGAAAGAGGAAGAAAAUGAGGAAACUGAAGAUAAACCAGAGAUUGAAGAUGUUGGAUCUGAUGAAGAGGAAGAUGACAAAAAAGAUGGUGACAAGAAGAAAAAGAAAAAGAUUAAGGAGAAGUACAUUGACGAGGAAGAGCUUAAUAAGACAAAGCCCAUCUGGACUCGGAAUCCCGACGAUAUAACUACUGAGGAGUAUGGAGAAUUCUACAAAAGCUUGACUAAUGAUUGGGAGGAUCACCUGGCUGUCAAGGUAAAUCUCAAUUGUAAAAUGGUCCGCAGUGCAAGUGCAAGUGUUUGAUCAAUGUUAAUGUUAUAGCUUAAAUUUUUUUCUAAUAAAUAACUCUAUUGCAGCACUUCUCUGUUGAAGGCCAGCUGGAGUUCAGAGCUCUGUUGUUUGUGCCAAGGAGAGCACCCUUUGACUUGUUUGAGAACCGAAAAAAGAAAAAUAACAUCAAGUUGUAUGUCCGUAGAGUGUUUAUUAUGGACAACUGUGAGGAGCUCAUUCCUGAAUAUUUGAGUGAGUAAAAACUAUAUAUAUAUAUAUAUAUAUUUGUGUGUGUGUGUGUGUAUAUAUAUAUAUAUAUAUAUAUAUAUAUAUAUAUAUAUAUAUAUAUAUAUAAUUUUUAUUUUUUUUGUUUGUUUUUUUGUUAAAGCACUUGUAUCUAGGGUUUAAUUUUACUAGCUCAUGAAAAGUACUAACUUUAACCUCUACUCGUGUCUAAAUUAGAUUUUAUCAGAGGCGUAGUGGAUUCUGAGGAUCUCCCACUGAACAUUUCCAGAGAGAUGUUGCAGCAGAGUAAAAUUUUAAAGGUUAUCAGGAAAAACCUGGUAAAAAAAUGUCUUGAGCUCUUCACUGAACUAUCGGAGGAUAAGGAAAACUACAAAAAGUUCUAUGAGCAGUUUUCAAAGAACAUAAAGGUGAGUAAUCAAAACAAUAGCUUCAAACUACAUUUCGAAGGUUUAAAAUAAGGUGGUUUAAGGAAUUGGUUUAUUGGUACACUUCUAAACUGGUAUCUUGCUUACCGUUUAACCAAACAUUCAAAGCAUUGUAAUAGUUAGGACUUGGUUAUGGCAUCAAAUAUAAGAAUUUGCUAUAGGUUUGACUUGCCUGAAGUCAGGUGCCAGUCUCUUCCUCUACCUAUUUGGAAGCUCUGAGCCAAGCAUGGUUCCUUGAACUGGAUGAGUAGUGAAAUGACUUGUUUUAGCAGUAACAUCCAGCUGGGAGCAGCACCCAGUGGACCCCAGGUAAAGUCAAACCAUUCUGAAACUCUUGCUAAUCUGGUGUUGCCAUAGCACCAAAACUACUACAGCACGAAGGUCAUAACAAGUCUUAAUUGUAUCCUUUUCAAUUCCAGCUUGGUAUUCAUGAAGAUUCUCAAAACCGUAACAAACUCUCAGAACUAUUGCGGUUUUAUACUUCAGCAUCUGCUGAUGAAAUGGUCUCCCUUAAAGACUACUGCACACGAAUGAAGGAGAACCAAAAACAUAUCUAUUACAUUACAGGUAUGACUAGUGCAGUUGGCAGUUCUAAGCACCACAGACUGUCUUGGUCACACUUUUUUUUUUUUUUUUUUAAAGUAAAAGCCUUGCAUCAUGGCUUCUUAACAAAUACAGUGAUUAAUGAUUCUCACUUGUUAAUCUUCACAUCUAAUGUUUGAAGGCUGGAUAGACUAAGCCACAUCAAAGGUUUAAAACCACCAUGAGGAUCCUUAAGAUAUAGUUCUUGGGUGCAUGCUGUCCAGCAGUAUCAAAGCAACUUAGACCAAAACUGUUUUGAGACAACCUAAUUUGGCAUCAUUAUGGAGUCUCCUUCAAUGGUUUUCUUAAACAGGUGAAACAAAAGAGCAAGUGGCACACUCUGCAUUUGUGGAAAGGCUAAGGAAACAUGGUCUUGAAGUAAUAUAUAUGAUUGAACCAAUCGAUGAGUACUGUGUACAGCAGCUUAAAGAGUUUGAAGGCAAAACACUGGUCUCUGUAACAAAAGAAGGGUUGGAACUUCCAGAAGAUGAGGAAGAGAAAAAGAAACAGGAGGAAAAGAAAUCAACGUUUGAAAACUUGUGCAAAAUUAUGAAGGAUAUUCUAGAAAAAAAAGUGGAAAAGGUAGGAAUUUAAUCAGUUUUUCUAGAAUUGGUAACUGCUUAUUUAGAUUGAACAUCUGCUAAUGCUGCUAUCUACAUUCUAGGUUGUGGUGUCAAAUAGACUUGUCACUUCUCCUUGCUGCAUUGUAACAAGCACGUACGGUUGGACGGCAAACAUGGAGCGUAUCAUGAAGGCUCAGGCAUUAAGGGACAAUUCGACAAUGGGUUACAUGGCUGCAAAGAAACACCUUGAGAUCAACCCAGAUCACUCAAUAAUUGAAACACUACGACUGAAGGCUGACGCUGACAAGAAUGACAAGUCUGUAAAGGACUUGGUUAUAUUGCUAUACGAAACUGCCCUCCUAUCUUCUGGCUUCAGCCUUGAAGACCCACAGACACACUCCAACAGAAUCUACAGAAUGAUUAAACUUGGUUUAGGUAAGUUGAGCUUUUCAACUAUAUAUCGGUGUCUUAAAACUCUGGUUUGUACAAACUCUACUAAAAGUUGAAGGUAAUACUUUUUGAUUAAGUCUUGGUCAUUCUGUGCUAUUAAUGUGAAACUCCAUGUAAGCAGUCAAAGGGUUACCCUAACAGCCAUGACCACUUCAGUGACAUGGUGGUUAGCACCUGAAUGUGUAAUGUUUCAUCUUGAAAUGCUGCACAUGGAGAUCUUGACACUGUCUGGGCAAGAUGCACCCCAGUACAUGUGACUUUGGCAGAACUCUGUUGCGGGCUGCCUAAUGUCAAUUCUGUGCAUAAAUUGUCUGCACACAGACAAGAAGCAAACUCUCCCUUCCCGUUUUACUCAUUAGGAGUCAAACCUCCCUUGCUGGCCUGGAGUGUGCAUAUGCGCUCUGAGCCAGCAAUGUGGUCUAAUCCCAGGAAUCUGAGAGGCUGUGAUUGGACCUUGGUGCAGCCCCUGUGUCAGAGGGAAUGGAAAAGAACGGAUCUUCAAAUUUUACUGAAAAUUUGAAGGGGACCUUCCCCAUAGUGCCCAGUAGGGCAUAUUGCACUGUAAAGGUCCGAUCUCAAAAUUGUUGUCGUAAAGUUUAACUUUAAAAGGAAAUGAUCUAGUGGGGGAAGGGGGUAUGUUUAUGUAUUGGGCUUAAAAUGUGCUAAUAGCAAGGCAUUCAAUGUUACUCACCACUACAAGCCACUACCCACCAGAGUGAUUAUUUAAUCACCAGGGCUAAAGUGUCUCAAAUGACUAGUGGAGUGGAAACUGAACCCGAUAUAGAAUUAUAUCCAAACUUUGAAAAUUGUCAAGCAAUCAUAACCUUAAAGUCUUACUUGCCCUCUAGGUAUUGAUGAAGACGAUUCCACAACUGAAGAGUUAAAUCAACCAGUAACAGAAGAAAUGCCUCCCCUUGAAGGAGAUGAAGACUCCUCUAGAAUGGAGGAAGUCGACUGAACUAACAAACGUUUUCCAUGUUAAUCUAAACGGGUUAGCCAUUUCUGUACUUCCUGUUAAGGAAACUUGCUAUAUGCAUUCCAGAUAUUUAUAGUGUCUUUUUAUUUUUAUUUUUUGUUGAAUUGCACUGUUUAAAUAAAAAUAUAAAUAAUAAAUAAAAAAUGCAAUAUUAAAGAUUCUGUGCAUUCAUGUGACAAUCUUCAAACAACUUUCCCUGAG